AUGUCUACUUCUACCCCUAAUGCGCGUGACCGCAGGUCGCCUUUUAGGACUACUACCCCAUCUGGAGAUACAACAUUAACAGGACUUCAACGCCUUCCGAGCCAUACUCGCUACCCACUUACCCCAAGCCGACUUAUCACCGCAACGACUCCAGGCACACAACGGUCCGCAUCCCGAUACACACCGCGUGCAAGAGGUGUCGGCGCCCCAGCUACACCAUAUGGGCUUCGUGCCCGACAACAACGGGCGGCUAAUACCCCUGGACGGGAUCGCCGACGAAGUGGCAGAAUGCAGCGGGAGACUACAUUCGAUAUUCUCAGGAAUCUGAGCAAAGCCCUUGCUCCAGUAUCUAAGCCGAUCCAGUCCUCGCCUCAGGAGCUGAAAGAGCCCACCCCAGAGCCAAUUGAUGAGUUUGAACAGCUUGAUAAUGAACCGGAGAUUCCGCGUCCGCGUUUGUCUCUACCGAUCCAGGAGUCGGAGGAAGAAGGCGAUGACGCGAGUCCCGAAAUGCGCCCACCGAGAAUGUCUCUCGCGAUUGGGGAGGACGAUAUGGAUAUCACGUAUCGAUCUGUUGAAUAUCCUCGAGACCUUGCCAUAAGAGAUCGAGAUCGGUUAUCGAUGAUGAGUCGGGCUACCGGUAGGAUUAGUGGGGACUUCGACGAUACACGGUUGGACAGCGAUGAGGCAAAUGAUACUCGCAUCGGUGAAGAUGACGAAGAAGAUACAAUGAUGAGUGGAGGUGACUUUGACAGAGGGGGAGAGACGGAGGAUCUAGGCCGCUUCCACUUUGACCUCAACUUUCCAUCUCCUGCGGCUCCUCCGCUUGAGGACCCCGUUGGUGGGGAUAUGAAUGACAUGGAAGAUUUCGAGCUGCCCCCCGCGGAUAUGGAACCACUCCAGGCUCCAUCAGAUGAUGACGACGAUGCGGGUGGUGACUUCGGUUUCGGACUUGACCUUCAACCCGCAGGCUCCCCACGUGCAAGCCCUGGCAUCGUGGGAGGUGGAUUGCGCGAUGAAGCUGUUCCAACUCAGGGCAAGCAAAAGAAGAUCUCACGGCACGGAAUCCCUGUCCCCAACUUGCCUGCAGGUGUAGUAAAGAAGCUGGCCACUCGCUUCGCGCGUUCGGGGGCUGGGUCAAAAGCAAAGGUCAACAAGGCGACGCUGGCUGCGAUAGAGCAGGCCUCCGCAUGGUACUUUGAGCAAGUAAGCCAAGAUUUGGCCGCAUAUUCGAAGCAUGCAGGACGAAAAACCAUUGACGAGAGCGACGUCACCACAUUGUUGAAAAGACAACGCCAUAUCGAUAAAUCAACGACAGUGUUUUCUCUCGCCCAAAAGCAUUUACCCAAAGAACUUCAGCAGGAUAUGAGAUUGGCCAUGCCCCCUUGA